AUGGCUUUCUUUGAAUCCUUCGCCAUUCUCAUUUUCCUUUCCUUUUUUGUUCUUUACUACAAACGUCAAAACCUAAAAACUCUAAUAGAUAGAAAUUGUCUACCUUUUGGUACAAUACCCCAAGUCGUUAGAAACUUGCACCGAAUCCAUGAUUUGCUCGCCAUUUAUCUUAAUCGUAGUAGCGGUACUUUCAUGUUGAAAGGCCCUUGGUUUGGCAACAUGGAUAUGCUUUUUACGACAGACCCUUUAAACAUCCAUCACGUUUUGAGCAAGAACUUUCCUAAUUAUCCAAAAGGCCAAAGAUUCCAUGAAAUAUUUGAUAUCCUUGGAGAUGGCAUCUUUAACGUCGAAGGACAUUUAUGGGAGAUCCAACGCAAAACCAUCUUGUCCCACUUUAUGAAACCCAACUUUCAAAGUGUUUUUGAAACGAUUGUCUGGAAUAAGGUGGAAACAGGGCUUUUACCGGUAUUGGAUGUGGUUUCUAAAAAAGGAAACGACAUGGAUUUGCAGGAGAUAUUUCAAAGGUUCACUUUUGACACUAUAUGCAAGUUGCUCUUGGACUAUGACCCACAAAGCUUGUCUCAUGAUUUUCCUUGUCUUCCAUGUCAGAAAGGGUUCAUAGAUACUGAAGAAAGUUUAUUGUACAGACAUUUCACUCCCACAAUCUUAUGGAAAUUGCAACAACUACUUAAUAUGGGGAAUGAGAAGAAGUUGAGUAAAGCAUGCAAUGAUGUGGAUCAGUUUGUAUGCAAGUGCUUUGCUAGAAUACAAAAUGUGUCCAAUAAAAUGGAAAGUGAUCAACACGUAAAGGGAAAUUUUGGACUAGUAACAUCAAUGAUUAGGGAUUUGAAAGGCCAGGGUGGCUACACGGGAGACCCCAAUAAGUUUUUAAAGGAUACCAUAGUGAGCCUAAUUGGAGCAGGGAAAGAUACAACUAGUGCAACUCUCUCAUGGUUUUUCUAUCUAGUUGGGAAAAAUCCAAUUGUAGAGGAGAAGAUCAGAGAAGAAAUUAGGACAUUUUUGGAGGUGAAAGUAGGAGGUGAUAAGAGAUGGGAUUCCAAAGUGAUAGGAAAAUUGGUUUAUUUGCAUGGGGCUCUAUGUGAAGCAUUAAGGCUUUACCCUCCUGUUCCUUUUAACCACAAGAGUGCAUUACAGCCGGACAUACUUCCAAGUGGCCACCAAGUUAAUCAAAACACCAAGAUUAUUCUAUAUUACUAUGGUAUGGGAAGAAUGAAUAAAAUAUGGGGGGAUGAUUGCAUGGAAUUUAAGCCUGAAAGAUGGAUCUUAAAGGAAGGAGGAAUCAAACAUGAGCCAUCACACAAGCUCCCUGCAUUUUAUGGAGGGCCGAGGACUUGUUUAGGUAAGGACAUGAGUCUCACUCAGAUAAAGAUGGUGGCAUCUUCGAUCAUUUAUUAUUAUCACAUUGAGUUGAUGGAAAGCCACCCGGUGCUUCCAAGUUCUUCCAUCAUACUUCAGAUGAAGCAUGGGUUAAAGGUGAAGUUAACCAAAAGAAGCGAAGUGAAUGUUUGA